AAAGCCACCACGAAAGCAUUGUUGCCGUGGGGGAUUGCCUCCCAAGUCCAGGAACUCGUAGUUGGAAUCAUACGGCGAAGCUCCGCUUCGAGCACUUCCGCCAAAAUAGCCCCUCCCGACACAGAAACCAAGGCGGUAGGGGAUAUGCUUGGCGCAACCCCGUUACCAGCCAUUGCUUCUUCGGGAAUCUGAAAAAAAAAACCAUCUUAUCACCGUCAUAGCCACAUAGCCUUGCGGUUGGACGGGGCAUUUUCAAGAUAGGACACCGGAGCUCAUUGUGAUCAUGUUUGUCGCACACCACACAGUACACAUCUACCGGGCACUCUUUGGUCACAUGAUCAACGCCAACAUAUCAUUUUCUUCUUUUUUUCUUUAGCAGCACCACCUUGACGAUCAUCAGGUUGACGAGGAACAACAGGGGGUGGCGCGAUUACCUGCGGCGGAAGGCGACCGCGAGGAGCAGCCAGCCCCGCAGCAACCUCGCCCCCUACAGCGACCACCGGCAAGCUCCUCGGGCCGGCUCCGAAGGAGAAACCACCACCACCAGAGGCGCUGCCCGAACCAAAGGCGGAUGGCGGCAGCGCCGAGAAGGAACGAACCUCCGGGACAGUCGGCCGGGGAGGCGCGCCCUGAGAAGAAGGUGAACCCUGGGAUGCAGCCGUGACCGCCCCGCCCAUCAUCCGUCCGCGAGGAUGCUGGAACUGCCCCCCCACGGCCGGAAGUGAACGGCCGCCUCCUGCCGCAGGAGACGCAUGGCUACCACCCGUUGUCAAUGGCGCACGGCCAUUGGAGCUUGAGGCCGCACCAUCGCCCGAGAGGACAGCCUUUCCACGACUGCCGCCUGCACCAGACAUAACAACGUAAUGUUUUUCUAUUAGUGCAAACCGAAAGAUCAAAUCUACAAAAUUCAUGUGCUUUUUUAUUCUCUGUUUUGCGCAUGCAUUCUUACCUUAUUCCUGAGUGUUCAUAAUGCUGAGAAUGAAAGACCAUAGCGGUACAAAAAACUUGCAUCAUGUGCUGCACGGAAAAACAAAUGUCACCAGCACCGUUGCGUCCAAAUUACUCCUAAAAUAAUGCACGCGUCAAACUUUGUUUGAUUCUCAAUGUAUGGAUAAUCUAGACAAAUAGUACUCCGUAUAAUAUAUGGUCCUGGCAAGGAACUACAAAUAUGAUACAUCCAUCUUGAUUCAUACUAGUACACAAUCUUUAAGCUCCUGAUCCCCUCUCUCUCAUGCCAUCUCCACUAACCACAAGUAAUUACCAUAGAGCAAGUCUUUGGAUUCUUUCCCAAACUUUUCUCAUCAACCAACGAUCUACCUAAAGAUAGCCAAGUUUCCACUUUCAGCUGGCAGCAGCCAUGGGCGCCUCCACUCCUCGCCCCCAUUCCAGCUCCCGGCAGACGCUUCCACGCCUCACCAAGAAGAUCCUCACCUUCGCGGUCUACGCCCUCGUCCCACUCGCCCUCCUCCACUACUUAAUCUCCUCUCUUCCCAUCGCCGACCCUUCCCAUUCCCCCUUGGCUCCCCACGGGGGUAAUAAGGAGCAGCAGGCCGGGGCAAGAAAGCAGAUGCUGAAGGUGGCUCCGGCGGCGGCGCGGCCGCGGUGCGACUACUCGGAUGGGGAAUGGGUGCGGGACGCGGCGGGGCCGCGGUACAACGGGUCGAGCUGCGGCGGGACGAUCAAGGACGGGCAGAACUGCAUGGCGCACGGCCGGCCGGACAAGGGUUACCUGUACUGGCGGUGGCGGCCGCGCGGACACGGGUGCGCGCUCCCGCCCUUCUCGCCGGGGGAGUUCCUGGAGCUCGUGCGCGGCCGCCACGUGGCUUUCGUGGGCGACUCGCUGGCGCGGAACCAGUGCGAGUCGCUGGUGUGCCUCCUGGGCUCCGAGUUCCCCGCCGAGCUCGUCCUCGGCGCCGGGGGCGAGGGCGAGGAGGAGCGCAAGUUCCGGCGGUGGGAGUUCCGGUCGCACAACGCGACGGUGUCCGUGUUCUGGUCGCCGUUCCUGGUCAACGGCACGGAGAAGUCGUCUGCGCCGGGCGGGGUCGACCACAACAGGCUCUACCUGGACCAGCCGGACGAGCGCUGGGCGGCGGAGCUCCCGGGGAUGGACGUGGUGGUGCUCUCCAUCGGGCACUGGUUCCUGCACCCGGCCAUGUACUACGAGCGCGGCGCCGUGAUCGGGUGCCACCACUGCCCGGAGCCCAUCCACCCGGAGACGGGCUUCUUCGGCGUGUUCCGCCUCGCCGUCAAGAACGCGCUCCGCGAGAUCAUCGCCCGCGCCAGCUCCAGCGCCGGGCGUCGGGAGAAGAAGCUGGCCGUGGUGGCGACGUUCUCGCCGGCGCACUUCGACGGGGAGUGGGACAGCCCCGACGCGUGCGCGCGGUCGGAGCCGUACGCGCCGGGGGAGAAGGAGAUGCGGUACAUGGACCGGGAGCUGUGGCGGACGGAGGUCGAGGAGGCCGCCGCGGCAGCCGACGAGGCCAGGGUGCGCGGGUCCGCCGUGACGGUGGAGGCGCUCCAGGUGACGAAGCUGGCGGACAUGCGCGCCGACGGGCACCCUGGCCCGUACAUGCACGCCGGCGGCGGCGGCGGCGGCGGCGACCGAGUGGCCAACGACUGCGUGCACUGGUGCCUCCCUGGUCCCAUCGACACGUGGAACGAGAUCUUGCUGCGGAUGGUCAAGCGGUGGAGGCAGGGUCCUCCGUAGUUCGUGGCUAAUUAGAAUUUCACGUACUAGUAGGUUUCUUUUAGGAAAUUUAUCAUUUAUAUGCGGAAUCAUUACGGUUUAUCAAUGGUUCAAACAAACUUUUCAGUGGUUUAAGCGGUGUGCUGGUAGUGUGAGAACGAGAUGCAAUACUAAGAUCGAUCUUGGAAUCGA